AUGCCGUUGUGGUGCAACAUUGUUGUCAAGUGCUCCGCCGGUCUCUGGGACCUUGCCUUUUGGUAUCUUCGCCAAGUGGAGUUUAACCUGUUAUCGUCAACCAUCUAUAACGAAGCUGAGGAGGACCACUUCAUCUAUAAAUACGCCCGUCGUGAUUUUCCUGCUGACAAAAACAUCGUUGCUUUACACUUUAAACGGGUGGAUGUUGACGCUAACUUGAUCCCCAUGACCGCCGAGGAACUCUCACUUUGUGAGUGUGGGAUUCACAACCCACCCGGUCUUUUGCGCUUAACCAAUCUUACCCGCUUCACCAAUGACGGGUGUCGUGGUUUUAAUGACAACUUGCUACCCUGGGUUCAGCGUGUGACGGCCACCAUUGACACAGUACCACCCGAUUUCCACUGUGAUUUGUUGGAGGAGAUCACCAUCACGAAACCAUUGAUCGAAGGGUUCAAUUUGAGGGACUUCCAGUGUCCUCAUCUUCAACGGGUUAUUUUCGUUGACUCCAAUGACGUCGGUGUUGUCCACAUUAAUGAUGUCUUCACCUGCUUCCAAUUGUCACAAUUGAGGGUAUCAAAGGCAACCCACAUUGUUACCCCCCCAACUUCGCUCAAUUACCAGAAGCUGAAGUUCUCCACAUUCAGUAUAAUCAUCGGUUUACAGAAGACACUGCGUUGCCUCCUAAUUUGA